UUUGCCCUCUCCACCCUCCCCAGAGAAGAGUGUCCAGCCCCUCCCGGGGGCUGCCCCAAAGAGGCCCCUGCCUGCCCACCUACUAUGAAAAGCGGCUCCUCCCACCUGCCCAUAAAAGCCAAGCCAAGGGAACGCAUGUUACCAGCAGCUGUGGGGAGCACUUUCCUGGCCAGCGGCUGGUCGGUCCGGUCCUGGUCCUGUCCUGUGGGAGACCCAGCCUCUCUGCCUGCUGGGAUCCUGGUCAAGCAGCUGUUUGGAAAGUGGAGUAGCAACGGGUGAAGAGACCGAAGCAGCCACUGGUGAGCACAAACCAGGCCAUUGGUCCUGAUUCCACAGGUGCAGCAAGUCUCAGUGUGAUGGCGAGGCCGCCUGCCCCUUUGCCGCUGCUGGGAGUUCUCCUCGCCAUUUCCUUGGGCUCCGUCAGGCUCACCCAGGCUGGUGCCUACUAUGGGAUCAAGCCACUGCCACCUCCAGUGCCUCCUCAGAUCCCGCCACAAGUUCCACAGUACCAGCCACUGGGGCAGCAAGUUCCUCACAUGCCUCUGGGCGCAGAUGGCCUCAGCAUGGGCAAAGAGCUGCCCCACAUGGCCUAUGGCAAAGAGUAUCCGCAUCUCCCCCAGUACAUGAAGGAGAUCCAGCCGGUGCCGCGGAUGGGAAAGGAUGUGGCGCCCAAGAGAGGCAAAGAAAUACCAAUGGCCAGUCUGCGAGGAGAGCCUGGACCCCGAGGAGAGCCUGGGCCCCGAGGACCCCCUGGGCCCCCUGGCUUACCUGGCCAUGGGAUACCUGGCGUCAAAGGCAAACCAGGCCCUCAGGGAUACCCGGGCAUCGGGAAGCCAGGUAUGCCUGGGAUGCCAGGGAAACCCGGAGCCAUGGGCAUGCCAGGAGCGAAAGGUGAAAUCGGGCCCAAAGGGGAGACUGGGCUUAUGGGCAUCCCAGGACCUCAAGGACCCCCGGGGCCUCACGGACUUCCGGGCAUCGGGAAGCCAGGCGGACCAGGGAUGCCAGGGCAGCCGGGUGCCAAGGGUGAACGAGGACCCAGAGGGCCACUAGGACCGCCAGGGCUCCAGGGCCCCAAAGGCGAGAAGGGCUUCGGGAUGCCCGGGCUGCCCGGCCUCAAGGGCCCUCCUGGGAUGCACGGCCCCCCGGGCCCCAUAGGACUCCCAGGAGUCGGCAAGCCUGGAGUGACCGGCUUCCCUGGACCCCAGGGCCCUUUGGGAAAGCCGGGCCCUCCAGGGGAAACUGGGCCACAAGGCCCUGUGGGGGUCCCAGGGGUUCAGGGACCUCCUGGGGUACCUGGAGUCGGGAAGCCGGGCCAGGAUGGGGUUCCCGGCCAGCCGGGCUUCCCAGGCGGCAAAGGGGAGCAAGGCCUGCCCGGGCUGCCGGGACCCCCGGGCCUUCCCGGCAUCGGGAAGCCGGGUUUCCCGGGACCCAAAGGUGACAAGGGCCUGGGCGGGCUGCCGGGACCUCUUGGGCCAAGAGGAGAGAAAGGACCAACAGGUGCCCCUGGCCUGGGGGGUCCCCCGGGAGAGCCGGGCCUCCCUGGGAUCCCAGGCCCCAUGGGCCCUCCUGGAGCCAUUGGCUUUCCGGGACCCAAAGGUGAAGGGGGGCUUGUGGGACCCCAAGGACCGCCAGGUCCCAAGGGGGAGCCAGGACUUCAGGGCUUCCCAGGAAAGCCGGGUUUCCUCGGAGAAGUAGGGCCGCCUGGCGUUAGGGGCUUGCCAGGGCCUCUGGGCCCAAAGGGGGAGGCGGGGCACAAAGGCUUGCCAGGGCUCCCCGGUGCCCCAGGGCUGCUUGGGCCCAAGGGGGAGCCAGGAAUCCCAGGGGACCAGGGCUUACAGGGCCCCCAGGGCAUUCCAGGGAUCGCAGGCCCCAGUGGCCCCAUCGGCCCACCUGGCAUCCCGGGCCCCAAAGGGGAGCCAGGCCUCCCCGGGGCCCCCGGGUUCCCUGGCGUAGGGAAGCCCGGAGUCGCAGGACUUCACGGCCCCCCAGGGAAGCCCGGUGCCCUCGGCCCUCAAGGCCAGCCUGGCCCCCCGGGCCCCCCGGGCCCCCCGGGUCCCCCGGGCCCCCCAGCCGUGAUGCCACCUACACCACCGCCCCAUGGAGAGUACCUGCCAGAUAUGGGGCUGGGGAUCGACGGCGUGAAAACCCCUCAUGCCUACGGAGCUAAGAAAGGCAAGAACGGCGGGCCGGCCUACGAGAUGCCGGCGUUCACGGCGGAGCUGACGGCACCUUUCCCACCCGUGGGCGCCCCGGUGAAGUUUGACAAACUGCUCUAUAACGGUCGGCAGAACUACAACCCCCAGACGGGCAUCUUCACCUGCGAGAUCCCUGGCGUCUACUAUUUCGCCUACCACGUUCACUGCAAGGGGGGCAACGUGUGGGUCGCUCUGUUCAAGAACAGCGAGCCGGUCAUGUACACGUAUGACGAGUACAAGAAGGGCUUUCUGGACCAGGCCUCUGGUAGUGCCGUGCUGCCGCUCAGGCCCGGGGACCGCGUGUUCCUGCAGAUGCCCUCAGAGCAGGCGGCCGGACUGUACGCCGGCCAGUAUGUCCACUCCUCCUUUUCAGGGUAUUUAUUGUAUCCCAUGUAAGAAAAAAGAGAGAGAUUUAAUAGAAGAAGGAGAAGAAAGGAUGCACCAAACAUUCGCACGAAACCCCCUAACUGCUUUCAGACAUUUAUCUCGUUGGGAAGUUAUUUCUAAGUGGAAAUGUGAGUCGUAGUGUACAGACAUGAACUCAGAUCCCGUGUAGUGCUCUGCCCAGCAGCCUGAAACUGGAAAUGAUGGGCAAGGCGUGUGUGUGUGUGCGUGUGCGUGUGCGUGUGCGUGUGUGUGUGCGGUGCCCGCUGGGAUCUUCUGGUCCACUGGAUGUUGGGUGACGGCCUGUGUGUUCAGAGCAAGCACCUUCCUUCUGUGUGAGAGAUGACCCUGACGAAAGCCUCUCACAUUGUCUCCCUCCAGAUUUGCAGCUGUGCUUUACAGGACUGUCCAUGCUGACGAUUUCAUACCGUAUCUAUGUCCAUAGUUUACUAGGAUUUUGCCAAAGGACACAGAAGAGCAGUUCUAUAGUUAGUGGCACUCUCAUAGAAUCCUUUCUUUUUAUUAUUAUUAUUUUUUCCUCCAGGGUUAUUGCUGGGCUUGGUGCCUGCACCAUGAAUCCACCACUCCUGGAGGCCAUUUCCCCCCCUUUUGUUGCCCUUGUAGUAGCCUCGUUGUGGUUAUUAUUAUUGCCAUUGCCGAUAUUGUUCGUUGUUGGAUAGGACAGAGAGAAAUGGAGAGAGGAUGGAAAGACAGAGAGGGGGAGAGAAAAAUAGACACCUGCAGACCUGCUUCACCGCCUGGGAAGCGACUCCCCUGCAGGUGGGGAGCCGGGGGCUCGAACCGGGAUCCUUACGCCGGUCCUUGCACUUUGCGCCACCUGCGCUUAACCUACUGCGCCACUGCCCGACCCCCCUUUCUUUUUAUUUUUUUGCCUCCAGGGUUAUCUCUGGAGCUCGGUGCUGGCACUACAAAUCCACUGCUCCUGGUGGUCAUUUUUUCCAAUGUAUUGGAUAGGACAGAGAGAAAUUGAGAAGGGGAGAGAAAGGAGGAGAGAGAGAAAGAGAGAGACACCUGCAGGCCUGCUUUACCAUUUGUCAAGCUUCCCCCUGCAGGUGGGGAGCCAGGGCUCAAACCCAGAUCUUCGCAUGGGUCAGUCCUUGUGCUUUGUGCUAGGGGUGCUUAACCCAAGGCAACACUGCCCGGCGUCCCUUGUCUUUUCUUCCCUUUUAUGUUAUUUUAUUUUAAACCAGAACACUGCUCAGCUCUGGCUUUUGGUGGGAACUGAACCUAGGAGCUCAGAACCUCAGGCCUGAAGGUCAUUUGCAAAGCCAUUGUGCUGUCACGCCAGCCCACAGAUCUCUCUCGGAGGCUGCAUGUUUCUACAUGUCUCAGCGAAGGGAGUUCCGCUCAGGACUGUGUCUCACGCUUCUAGAUGAGCAGGGAAGCAGCCAGCCAAAAAAGCAGUGGGUCGACUAGUGUCCUCUCUGUGCCACCAGAGAAGAGAGCCUUCUGAGGGCAACAGCCAGACUCACCCCUCAGUCCUCAGUAUUCUUUUGUUUCAAUCAGUCUGUGAUUUUUAAGUUUAUUUUCCCUUCAAGCAAUUUUCACUGUGCCUAACUAAUAUGAACAUUUAAAAGUUGUAAGAAAAAAAAAAGAUAGUAGUAAUAAACCUCUCCCCUAUAGCUCUUCAGUCUGUGAAAUGUCACUGUCAACAGGAAUCAUUGGUUGUGUCUACAUGUGUGGGACCCAGCUCCCUUGCUGGACAUGUAAAUGACGGCAGUGAGGUUGUCACCCAGGAGAGGGACCUCAAGAUCUUCAGUAGCUGUUGAAUUUCAGAGAAAUGUCCUCAUGUCACUUCGUAGUCUGAGGUUCCAAAGCCAGAUUCUAAAAUCCAAGUCAUACUUUAUUUGGGGAAUGGGGAAUUUCAAGAGUACUUAGGAAAAUUCCUAUUUUUAUUUUUAAUAGUCAUUUAAUAAUGAUGAACAAGAUUGUGAGAUCACAGGGGCACCAUUCCACAUGGUUCCACCACCAGGGCUCCCUGUCCCAUCCUCUCUACUGGAAGCUUCCCUAUUCUUUAUCCCUCUGGGAGGAUGGACCAAAAUUCUUUAUGGGGUGCAGAAGGUGGGAAGUCUGGCUUCUGUAGGAAAAUCAUUUUUUUAAAUAGUAAUUCCUGGAGUUUUUACAUUUAGUUCCAGGCUUUCUGAUGUAGGUGCUGAAAGUGUAGAUGAGAACUAUUCCUUUAGAAGCAAUCCAUGGAACAGCCGUUUAAACUGUCAAGGGCAACAAUGGUUCUGACUUCUUUUUCUGUCAUCACUGGGGCUCCCCUCUUCCAGGCUGACUUUUCCAGCUAGAGAGAGAGAGAGAGAGAGAGAGGCACCACAGCACUGAAGCUUCUUCCCCCCGUGCUGUGAAAGCUGAUGGCAGCGUGGACCACGUGUGGCAAAGCAGGCAGGCUCUGGGCUGAAUUAUCAUCACUACCUCGGCUUGAUAUCUUUUAUGUCACCUCACACUCAAAACAAGUUGAGAGUCGAUACAUGUUUAGAGGCAAAAACAAAUCUUUUCCCAGGUUUUUCACCUGGACUCAUGCCAACUGCUUUAGGCAUGCAAAUCUGGUCUCAAACACAGAGCCUUUCAAGUCAGCUGCAAGUCUGCUGAUACCAGGAGCCACAGGAGAGGGUCGUGUAUGGUGGGGGUAAAGCCCAGGGUAGGUGCAGAUGUGCGCUGUGCACAUACAUGUGGCAUGAGCACAGGUACGUGUGUCUGUGUCGAAUCGGAAUCACUUUAAACAUGAAGAGAAUCCUCUUCAACCUAAUAUUUUCCUCUCCUUUUAUAAGGUGUACACACACUCACACACACUCACACACACACACACUCACACACACACACUCACACACACACACUCACACACUCACACACACACACACUCACACACACACACUCACACACACACUCUCACACACACUCACACUCACACUCACACACACUCACUCACACUCUUACACACUCACACUCUUACACACUCACACACACACACUCACACACACACUCACACACACACUCACACACACUCACACACACUCACACACACACUCACACACACACUCACACACACACACACACUCACACACACACCAUUUCUUCUCAGUUUCUUUAAAAAACAAGAGGGAAACACAAGCUUGUCAUCACCAGUUUCCUUCUUCACUCCUAAUGGUGUGACAAAGGUCCGGCAGGAAAGACGCCUCACCCCGCCUUCCUUCUCAAGCUCCUGCGUGGCCGAAUACCCUUUGGGUUUGUCUUGCGGGUGCUGGUUUGGGGCUAGGGAUCUUUGAGGUGACAAGGCCUCACUUCUGGGUCAUCGUAUUGCCAGGGCUUGGACGCAAGGCAGAGCAGCUGACUUGUAAAACUGCUUUUCUGUACAUGUCUGGACUUUUUAUUUCCACCAAAUAAGUACCUCUUUAGUUAAGACCAAAUUUCACUUUAAAAAAUACUUUCCAACUUAUUUAUUGGUUGCUACACAAAUGCCUACAUAUAUGUGUGUGUGCGUGCGUGUGCGUGCAUGUGCGUGCGUGUGCAUGCGUGCGUGCAUGUGCAUGUGUUAAUCAGGCCUAUGCUCCUAACUUUUAGCUAGAGGAGAAGCAAACUCUAUUCCAGAUUACUGUAUAUUCUACGAUGGUGCUAAUCUCAGAGCUAAAUGAAUUACUCCAUUUAAUUUAAAAGAAGAGUUUUAAAUAAGUGUCUGUGUGUCUGUCUUUCCUUUUGAGUCUUGCACAUCAUGCUUGCACAUUCAUGUAAAAACAGACAAGACAACCACAAGUUCUAAACUCUAGGAGCAGUGCUAUAAUUGCUUGUUAAUUCAGAAGUGACUAGAACCUUUCCAUGUGAAAUGGACCAAGCUGGCAUCACUAUUAUUUAAACACAGAGUUCUAAUGCAGUAGAACCAUCCACAAGGGAAAAGAAUGUCUGUAGAGGGUGACUAUUCUCAAAUAUUUUACAGAAGACCAUGAACGAUGAACAAACUGGUAACUUUUUUGAGUUUCCAUGAUAGAUUUGAGACUUGUCAAUAGAAAAAUCAUUUUUUGUAUUUAAAAUUUUGUACUGAUCUGGAAAGAAUCUUAUUAAAUAUCUUUAAAUGUUA